AUGCCGCGUCGUGGUAAAGGGUGGUGUCCUGCGUCGACCGAGCUCAUGCUCGACAAGAUAGAGCUGUUCCUCCCAGCAGGACGCAAUGGUUGGGCAAAGGUAGCUGAUGCCUACAACCCUGAUGGAAAGGCGUUCCCAAAACGAGACAUCGACUCGCUCCGUCGCAAGUUCGCAACACUCAAAAACCAUGCCAAACCCACUGGCCACCCCGAGUGCCCCCCCGACGUACGCCGGGCGAAGCACAUCAGUCGUGAUAUCGACAACAACGUUGGUGUGUGCUCGAUGAAGGACGAGGACGCUGAUGAAGAAGUCGAUGACGCCGUGGAUGAACGUUUCGACGUCGCUGAACGACAAGCCGAAUCGAACGGGAUUGCCCAGGAACGAGCUUAUCGAGCUUGGAAAGGAUUUGAAACGGCAGCGCGCGACUGA